GAGAGGGAGGGACUGAACCAUAGAAUCGAGAGAGGAGGGAGUAGGGGGAGCCUCAUUCAGAGCAGCUAGUGUGAGGAGUGGAGCUGACCUAAUGUGGGAAAGUAAACAGUAUUUCCAGUCUAUUCUGCCGGAGCCCUAGGAGCUCUUAAAGCAGACAUACAGGGGAAUGAGUGAGGAACCUGCCAGUAUAUAAGCAGAAUGUUCAUGGGAGGUAACCAGGAUUAAAGAGUCCACAGGGAGUAACUGAAGCUUGUUGGAGGAAAUACUACAGAGGACAAGAAGAGCUUAUGUCCACUGUGAAUUAUCAGCAACAACAGAGGGAGGAAGAGGAGGAGGAAGAUGAAGAGCAAGGAGAGAAGUUUGAGUUUGAUGACAGUGCUGAUGAGAAAGACCCAGUGGAAGCCAUGCAAACGGCAAACGAGUCAUCUAUGGAGGCCACAAGCCAACCACAGGACAAUGCAGUAACAACACCCCUUGCACACUCACAACAGCACCUCAAUGCAAUGCCCCCUGCUGGUCAGGAGGACAAUCCCUCACAGGGACAAGACUCCACGGCCUCUUCAGGUGUUCCAGUUAGCAACCCACCCAGGCGGGUCUCUGGCCCGGUCGAGCUGGUUGAGCCCAUCGCUGCAGCACCUUCAGUGGGAGAGCAGCCCCGGGAGGAGUCCCAGGAAAGGUCUGGUCCUGGAGACAUGUUACCAGUGGAGAACCAGACCGACUCGGAGGACCAUAUCGUGGAGACUGAGAAGAAGAGCUCCAGCUUGAGAGAACACUCUGAAGGUGAGGGGGUGGAUGAUGAUGAGGCCGAUGAAGCACUCCAGACAGGGAGCCCGGAGGUGAUCUAUGAUGACGUGCCCUGUGAGGGACCACUCUCCCCUGACGAAGGGGACAUGAUCUACGAGGAUGUGCACAGAGAAGAAAUUCCCCAGGGUGCAGGCAAUGGUUGGAGCUCUAGUGAGUUUGAAAGUUACGACGAGCAGUCUGAUACCGAGAGCAAGCUACCAACCCGCAGCAAGCAGUACUCCCCUGACGUGCGUCGGCUGAGGGAGCGUUGUGCCAGGACCAAACGUGAAAUAGCCAUGAGGCUGGGUGGGAAAAACAACUAUGACACCAAGGUUCAUCAGCUAAUGAAGGCCGCUAGAAGUGGGACCAAGGAUGGAUUGGACAAGACCAAAAUAGCCUUCAUGCGGAGAGUCUCCUUCCUGCACAAGAAGGACCACUCAGAGGAUGUGGAGGAUGAUGCAGGGUACCUGGAUGUGGCUGUGUCGGAGGUGAAACAGCCUCCUGCACAGCUGAGCCCCAUGCCUGACGGGCUGAGCAGCCAGCAGGUGGUCAGACGCCACAUCCUGGGUUCCAUCAUUCAGAGUGAGCGCAGUUAUCUUGAGUCCCUCAGGAGAAUCCUUCAGGAGUACCAGAGGCCCUUGCUAGAGGCGGAUCCACGCAUCCUGAGCCCACGGAAGAUCCGGCCCAUAUUUCACCGUUUACGGGAGAUCACUCAGUGUCACUCCAUGUUCCAGAUCGCACUGGCAUCACGUGUGGCUGAGUGGGACAGCAGUGAGAAGAUUGGGGACCUAUUUGUGGCCUCGUUUUCCAAGUCCAUGGUGCUAGAUGUUUACAGCGACUAUGUCAAUAACUUCACCAAUGCCAUGGCCCUCAUAAAAAAGGCAUGCAUGUCCAAACCAGCUUUCCUGGAAUUCUUAAAGAAGAAGCAGGCGUCCAGUAUUGAUCGGAUCACCCUGUAUGGCCUCAUGGUGAAGCCCAUCCAACGCUUUCCCCAGUUCAUCCUAUUACUGCAGGACAUGCUGAAGAACACACCUAAGGGUCAUGUAGACCGCCUGCCUGUGCAGCUGGCUCUGACUGAACUGGAGAUGCUGGCCGAGAAGCUGAAUGAACAGAAACGUGUGGCCGACCAAAUAGCUGAGACUCAGCAGCUAGCACGCAGUGUCAGCGACCGCUUGCUCUGCAAGCAACUGAACUCAGACCAGGGGUCACUGGUGCUUUGUGAGACGUUGAUUGAGACGGUGUACGGGGAGCGUGGCCAGGUCCUGAAGUCUAAGGAGCGCAAAGUCUUCCUCUUCAAUGACAUACUCAUCUGUGCCAACAUCAACAUCAAGGGGCCCCCUGAUAUCAGCAGCCUGGUCCCUGUUGGGCCAAAGUACACGAUGAAGUGGAGUGCCCCCCUGCUGCAGGUCCAGGUGGUGGAGGUGGGUCAGGAGGCCUCCCAGGCCAAGGAUACCUUGUUCCAGCAUGGCGGUGCCAAGCACCCUGGCAGUGCCUGUCCCCCAGGGAAGGUGAUCCUGGGUCCUCCUCGGCUCUACCAGGAGCUCCAGGAGCUGCAGCACGACCUGUCUGUGGUAGAGGAGAUCUCACUACUGGUGGGAACGCUACAGGGGACAUACCAGAACCUGAACACGACCGUGGCCCAGGACUGGUGUCUAGCUCUCCAGAGACUCAUCCGGAUCAAGGAGGAUCAAAUUCAGAGUGCCAACAAGUGCCGCUUACGCCUGCAGGUGCCUGGAAGACCAGACAAGUCGGGACGUCCCGUCAGCUUCAUGGUGGUUUUCAACACCCCCAGUCCCCUCAGCAAGAUCUCCUGGGUCAACCGGCUGCACCUGGCCAAGGUCGCACAGCGAGAGGAGAACACACCAGGAUGGUUCUGUGCAGAAGAUGAAGGGAAGACCAUGGCACCAUUUUGGCCUUUACUUACCUGCCGUGUGCCUGUCUUCGCCACCAAAUCCUCGGACAGGAAGCUUGAAGCUGCCCUUCACAAUCCGGUGCAGUGUGCUUUGCUGGGCUUCUCUGCAGCGAGCACCUCGCUACCUCAAGGCUAUCUCUGGGUGGCCAGUGGAGGAGAUGCUACCCAGGGGCAGGUGGAGAUCUUCUCCCUGAACAGGCCCACACCACGCCCAGUGAAGAGCCUCCAGGUGGGGGCCCCAGUGAGGUGUCUGGAGUAUGUGCCUGAACCCAGCACCCCAGAGGAGAUGGAGGCUGUGGCCCUCAGGAGCCCUACUGGGGUGGGGAACACCAUUUGUCUGGGACUGGAUGAUGGAAGCAUCCUGGUGUAUGGCAGUGUGGACACUGCAGCCCAGUGCCUGUUGACCCUGUGUAACCCUCAGCGCUGUCCUGUCCUGUGCCUCAAACACUCCAUCAACUUCCUGUUCGCUGGGCUCAGAGAUGGAACCAUGAUGGUGUAUGGACGAAGUAAUGGUGGUGAGCUUUGGGAGCCAGACACCUGCAGGACUGUGAGUGUGGGCCCGGAGCCUGUGCGAACUCUUCUGGUACUGGAGGACUCUGUGUGGGCCAGCUGUGCCAACUCUGUGACCGUCAUCAAGGGCUCCAGCCUUUCCACUCAGAGGUUUGAGGUGCACCCAGAACCCAUGGUGAGCGUGGCCCAUAUGGUGCGGGCUGGAGGAGGAGUCUGGAUGGCCUUUAGUGAGGGCUCUUCUAUUCGCCUGUUCCACACUGAGACACUGGAGCAUCUGCAGGAAAUCAAUAUCUCCACACGAGUAUCUUUGCACAACCCAGGCCAGAAGAGCAUGCAUGUCACCAGCCUGCUCCUCUGCCAGGGGCUUCUGUGGGUGGGGACUGCCCAGGGAGUCAUCAUCACCCUGCCCGUGCCAAAACUGGAGGGCAUUCCCAAAAUAACAGGAAAGGGGAUGACCUCUCUGAAUGCCCACUGUGGUCCGGUGGACUUCCUGGUGGCCACCUCCAGCACCCUGUCCGCAGAGCUGCUGAAGAGGGACUCUGUGGGGGAUGGACCCGACUCUGCCUGCGGAGGGGAGGACCGCAGUGACUCCUCCUCCCAGGAGUCUCUUCAGCAGUCAGGCUGCUCCCAGGGGGAGGGGCGGGGCAAGGGGCGGGGUGUGCUGCUACAGUACAGGCUACGCUCCACGUCGGGGUUGCCGGGGCGAGCACUGACGGCACGGGGCGACGAGGCGUCUGACUCCUCUCUGGAAUCUCUGGAACAAAGACUGGAGGACGGCUCCAUCUAUGAGCUCAGUGACGACCCUGAGAUGUGGGUGCGGGGGCGCCCCUGUGAGCGAGAUAGGGGGCGUAGGGACAGGGUGACCUCAGCUGCGGUCAUAUCCGGGGGCAGGGGCUUCCAAAGACUGAGGGAAGGGACAGCAGAGCGCACGGGUGUGGAGACUUCAGAAACAACCCUGAUGGUAUGGCAACUGCCACUAACUGUGUGACCUGGACAUCAACAUUCAGGCAGUGUGGAGUGGAGAAACAGCUCUUUAUCCCAGCCCCGAAUCCUCUCCAUUCAAUAAUGACAGGAACUUGAACCAUGUGAGAGAAGUGUAUUAGCGCUGGCACAGAGCACAAGGCCAGGCAGAUGGCUCCUUGUGUGGGUUCAGGACCUCCUGCAUGCUCCAUCUGAGGAGACCUGCUGGUGGCCUGUGAGGCAUGGGGCACUGACAUCCCAUUGGUGGCUCUGUGUGUAUCCUCUUCCUCAGCCACAGGCCCAGGGCAUUUCUUGUGACAGCUUAAAUUAGUCCUCUCCCCACCUUGCCAAAAUAGAUAUCCCAAAAUCAAGCGUCAUUAGACUGACUGUGCUCACCUCACACACAUUUAUCUCUCACAGUUGACAGCAUUCCUCUGUAACAAUGGACCACAUUCCUUUGAGAGCGACCGUUUGUUGAAUUUACCAUGCUGCAGUGCUGGAGAUGGACAUCUUUUAUCUGAUCCUUUGGGAGAGAACCCAUCAGUUUAGAGCUGAGAAACUACUGUUGGUUUACGAAGGACUUAUUUAGUUCUGUUAGUUCAGUAAGCCUCGUGCUCACUCCCUGGCAAUGUGAAAUAUGUGAAAUGUCUGUCAUAGUGUGUCACAAUUGAAUCUGUGCCUCUAGGAAAUUAAAGUGUGUUAGACACUGACUGUGAGUCCUUAAUCGUCUGAUGUUUUACAGUAUACUGCAUAAAUAGGCGGGUUAUCUGAGGUAUCAUUGACAAGGAGGAUUCCUGAGAGGCAGAUGUGUCCUGGUCUAUCGCAGUUUAGAGGUUUUAACUUUAAAUGUUUCUUCUCGAAUUACUGCAAAAUGCAAAACAGAUACCAUACUGUAGAUCUUUAUUGUCGAUGACGAAGACAUUGUACAUUGUUAAUUUUAAGUUAGUUAAGCAAACACAUAGGCUCACAAUUAUUUAACCUUUAUUACACAUCAAAAGGCCUACUGAAUUAACUACAAAAUACAACAACUGCAGCCACCAAGACAUCAUUAGUGGCUGUGUAUAGGCAAUCGGAGGGGAGAAUGCUUCAUAUGGGGUUCUGUGGCAAUUUAAUACACGCAAACCUUUGAUAAAUCUAUCCCCUAGUAGCAUUUCUGUCUCCUUUCCUUCACUUCCUUUGUGAAGCCAUUGCCAUCGGUGGUCUGGUGUGCUAACAGAGACAUGGUAUUAUCCUGCCCUGUUCCUGUUUCUAUUCUUCCACAAUGGAAAAGACCUUUGACAACAUCUUUGAAAAGUGUUCAUUUACAAAUGAAUUGAGAUGUUUGGCUAUGAAUGCAUGGCAUUGAAGUGUUCUUUUAAAUUGCCUGUGCUGCUGGAUGGAAGUGAUGGUUGAUUACAUAUUUUGUCACGACUUUUGUAGAAUCUGUUAAUAAUUCCAGUUACAUCUCCACAUCUGAGUACUCUAUUUCAUCCCAGUUGAAGGCCAUGCUUUCUAUGGUUUUGAAACAUUCUUUGUCAUUUUACUUAAUCUCCCCGGCAUUGACAGACAGCAGCUUUUCAAUAGAAAACACAACCCAAUACAGAGCGUCGAGGUGUUUCUAUCCAAACGUACACAUGAGAAAAGCUGUUUAAAGUAUACUGUCAAAAACCACAGGACCUAUUUAGUGUUUCUAUGAUAAUACUAUUCCACAACACUUUUCUGGAGGUCCCCAACAAGUCAAGGUUAUUUGGAUAUAGCCAGAGGGUAUAUGAGGGUAUGAUUGAGUAACCUUUAUGUAGUAUACAUUAUUCAUCCACAAACACUACCUGCAUGUACAACAAUUGUUUCAGUGGUUUACCUUUCCCACUGCUGGGGUGUUUGCUCAGACGUUAUUGCACCCUAUAUCUUAGUGUGUUUCCACUCUCUCAUCCUUUCUCAUCCAUUCACACUCAUUAUUAUUUGAUCUAUUCAAACUCCUAAAUGGAGAUUGUCCAUUAUAACUUCACACUCAUACCGACCAUACUAUCUAUUCUUAUAAAACCGAUUUGUGCAGCUUCUCGAAGCUUCCCAUAAUUCAACUUUCAUUCACAUAACUGAAAAUAAUGUGCACUUAUAAUACUAAAGACUUCGACACCACUGUGGUAGACGAAGAGGCUUGUGAUGAGUCGGCUGGUUUAACUUUUGAUUAUGAUGAAAUAAUUAUGUGACUCAGUUGUGUACGUUGAUAGAGUGAGAAGUCUAACAUUAGAUUAAUAAUGUUAAGUUACAUUGCACAUAUAAAACAUUGCUUUUCUCCAUUACAUGUCAAUUCCAAUGUCCUAUUGGUACGUUAAUAAACACAUGCUUACAUACUGUACUGUAAAAGUGUUUCAUCAUUCAUGUGUAAUAUGUCAAUGUUAAAUAAAUACUUCAUAGUGAUAA